AAACACAGAAACACGGAUCAUGACAAAUUGUGAAUAUAGAUGUUUUAGGAACCUUAAGAUUCACUUAAGAACAACUUGAAUGUGUUCAGACAACCUGAUCACAAAAUAGAAGGGGAAAUGAAACAAUAUAUUGGCUGAAUUAUAAUUCAAAAACCUUUUGGACAAUUGAUUCUUCAUGUUUAGUUAACCAGCCAUUACAGUGACAUUACAAUGUUUGGAGUGAUGACUACCAAGAUGGCAGGGAUUCUCUGUUUGUAGGUCAGCCCACUUUGUUCUUCUCAUGGCUGGACCUUAAACUCUCUACAGUGGCCAAGAUAACAUUUCAAAGAAGCUUUAGCACAUCUCUAAGUAUGUAUCAAGUGACAGGUUUGUUGUGUCACUGCUGCAGAAAAGGGGGCUUUACUGACCUUUUAAUGUCACAGUGUCAGUUGGAGCACCGGCACAGCCAGCUUCCAUCCUAUUGCAACCAGCAAGACAACUCCCUGGUGUGCUUUGUAUCAUUGUUCUGUUGUGUAACCCAAAUUAACUUAACCUUAAGGUCAGAAAUUGAUGUCCCAGACCAUAAUUCAUAAUUCUAUCAAGUUGUCCAAUUCCUGAAGCAGUGAAUAGACUCCAAACAUUCCUUAGCAAUAUGAAUAUUGCAAGUAUUUUGCAGCCUUACAAAAAUAGCAAGAGGAUCUUGGGUCCCCACCACUCUGGUUAAUUUUGGCCCAGUUUCCACAUGCCUGUUGUCAGGUGUCACAUUCAUCCACACUUUUGUAUCCAGAGCCCUUGGGACUCCAGAGGACAGGGUGGGACCAGGUUCAAAGCGCUAAUGCAGAAAAUCCUGCCCCGGCCUUGCAGUGCAAAUGGGCUGAUAAAGAAUGGACUUAACUUGGACUUAACUUUUUAACCAGUUUUCCUCAAGGAUUUAGAAGAGGCAGAAUUGUUGGCAAGUCUACUUAGAAGCUACAUUGAAGGUCUACACUGUAGAAAUUGAGAACACAUUAGAACUCCUUUCCUUUUAAGAGGGGAGGACAUUUUUUGAAAAGGAUCUUGGUAAAUCACACUGGAAACACAGUCACAUUAUCUGCUGCUAUAAAUUUAUGCAGCGCUUACAAUUUUGAUUCUAACUUCUGUGUUCUUGCAGUUUUACAGAAUAUGUUUUUGCCCUUGGUUUGCUUACCCCUUGUAUUUGCAAAUGGGGUCCAACUGACACACCCAUAUCACUUGUAUCAUUUGCCUCAGUCCUCGCACGCACAAGGGUUAAUAUUACUCAUCCUUUUACUUAGACUGAUUAUUGUAAAAGGCUUUAUAAGUACUGACAUUAGGACUUUCUUGAACUGAAUUGUAAUGUAUAACUGCUUUUUUCCAUAUCUAUUCAGGACUUCUUCUUUCCGCUGGAAUACUGGUACAAAGGAGCGGAUGCUCAUCAAGGUGACAGACAGGGAGCCCAGCUUUUUGACUCAUCAAGGAAAUGGCUACUCACUCUGUGAAUCCCCAACCCCUGGAGGAGGCAACACCUUGCGAAAUCGCCAUUCAUCUGGAGGAAACCCCCCCGCAGAACCAAAUGGCUCACCUGUUCUCUACUCUGACCGUCGUCAGUCUCCAUAUCUGAAGCGGGCCGAGCUAGGCAGCAGUGGAACCCACCGCCGCCCCUCCACUGAGUCCCAGCCUCCAUCACCCCGCUAUGCCUUUGAGCCCCCCCUGUAUGAGGAACCUCCAUCUGAUUUUAAGCCACCACCCAUCUAUGAAGAGCCACCUAUUGACAUGAACCUCUCAGACUCAUCUUCCCGUUAUGGUACAAACAAAUCACCAUCCCGGAAGUCUCCAGCUCCCUUCUACCACUCCCCCAAGCAGAGUCAGUCGUCCUAUGGUCAACUGGUUCUGACGAGGCAAAAAUGUCCAGAAAAAGCUCAGAGCCUGGAGUACAGUCCUGUAGGAAAGGAAUAUGUCAAGCAGCUGGUGUACGUGGAACAGUCAUCUUCCAGUCCACGCUUCAAGACUGCUGACCGUCUACAGCGUUACGGUACUAAUGGAGGCUUUGGUGGAUCAUUUGGAGGGUCCUAUACUCUGCAGCAUAGCCAGUCUCUGAUUAGAGAUCCCCGCCAACUUUUGGACUAUCGUGGAGAGGGAGGAGAAGGAUCUCAAAGGUUUAUCUUUGAAGACUCCAUUUCCUGGACAUCUAGUCAGACUCACUCACUGUCCUCCUCCUCCUCUACAGCUGGGCCUGGUGGUUUCUCCCCAAGUGCCAAUCGUAAACGCAAGAGCCGCAAGCCAUCCCUCCCCCAGGAGCUGGGACGCUGUGGGAAAGAGGAGCUUCCAGGCACAGGAUCAGAGGUCAUGCUGGCCCAGGCCAGGCUGGCAUGGGAAGCCCAGCAGGUCAUGAAACAGAGGAGCAGUUGGGACUCUGGUCAGGGAGGAGGAGUAACCCAUUGCAGUGGCUCCAAAGACGGAUAUGAAAGUGAUGGAGCAGUACCUCUGCCACUACCAGGGCCUGUGGUAAGGGCAUUCAGUGAGGAUGAGGCACUAGCCCAGGGCGAUGGCCACCACUGGAAACGCACUACCUUUGACCGUUUGGGGUUCUCUCAGGCACUACUGGAGAAAAGCCUCUCUGUCCAGACCAACCUGGCUUCCCCUGAGCCAUACCUCCACCCUUCCCAGUCGGAGGAUCUUGGAGCCUGUGCCCAGUUUGAAGCCUGUCGAAAUGCCAGGAAUAUGAUGCCAAGUGCAAGCUGUGGCAUAUUCACAGAAUUUAGCUUGAGAAAGCCCUCCUCUGAGACUGACAUUGAAAACUGGGCAUCCAAGCAUUUCAACAAACAUACACAGGGUUUAUUUCGGAGAAAAGUUUCCAUUGCCAACAUGCUAGCUUGGAGCAGUGAGCCCAUAAAGAAGCCAAUGAUUGUGACUACAGACCGAGGCGUAAAGAAGGAGGCUGUGGACAUCUUUAAGCUCAUACAGACUUUUAUGGGAGACCGUCGCUCCAAAGCGGACCCUCUUUCACUGGCUCUGGAGGUCUGUAUACAGUUUGCAUCUCUGCUCUGUCCUAUCUCAGGAGUUUAGAGAGCUGAGACAUGA